AAAAUGAUCCGUGGGAAAAAUUUGGAUCUGUAAACGUUGACCAUUCUAUUGAAGAACUAAACUCGAGUACUAAUAAUUCACAAAGUAUUGAAUUAAUAGAAAGAAAUAACACAAAUGAUGAAUUAGAGAUAAUGUUAAUUUCAUAA